GUCCUUUCAGCGAUGCAAAUCGAUAUUGUGGUGCAAGAGAUGGGCGUCAAAUUCAUUGGAGAACCCGAGAUCGAUCCGAAAUUACCACCAGAAGAACAGAGAAUGGCGGGAUUGAAAAGUAUGGCAGAGAGUCUGAUUCAGAACGGGUAUUUUGGUAGAUCUGAUUCAGAACGGGUAUUUAUUAGUAGAUCUGAUUCACAACAUUGCGGUAGAUCAUCAUAGCGGGUUCUUGUUGUAUGUCUGGACGUACUCCGAAAAUCCAACAUCAGGCUUGUGUUCACUAUUAUAUGUUCCACUGCCUUUUUCAUUUCCCAAAACCUCCGGUUCUACACUUCGCCGCAAAGACACAAAGCCAAAGUCACAUCUGUCCGUGCCACAGACCGGUACGAAGACGACGUGAAAAGCGGCAUGACAGUCGGAUUUUCCAUCGACCAGUUGACCUUGCGAAGGAAAGUGCCAACGAUUUGUGCCACUAUUCAGGUGAUCAACCACUACGGCACCGACUACUGCGAUCCGCGCUACGACUCGUAUUUGACGCUGUUUAAGCCCAUCAAUUGGGAAGAGGAGGACGACGAUGACCCAGUCAAGAUGGAAGAACUGUUGGCAGUGUGGCAUAAACAGGUGUAUGGAUUUUUCGUCACGGAGCUGGGAGGAUUGGUAUAUUGAUCGAUUUUUGGCCGGUACGAAUUUAUUCAGUUCGGUUCUUUGAUCGAUUUUUGGACGGUAUAAAUUUAGAAGCUGUUCUAAGGAAUGCAAGGUCAUAGCUCGUGAUAGUAUGCAUGAUCUGUAUCCAUCAAAUCGAAUAUCCUUCAUGUGGUCUCUCUCGACAAUCCUCUUCCAGCUAACCGAGCGAACUGGUACCUAUGAGAUCGUGCAG